AUGGAAGUUGCAAAAAGGAAAAUUAUUGAACAACAAGAAGUUGAGAAAGAAGAAAAGAAAAAGCAAGCAAACUGUACUGUGGUUUGUGCGAUACAUCAACCCAGCAGUCAAAUGAUUUCGCUCUUUGAUGACAUUAUGGUACUCGAUCGAGGCAGAUGUAUGUACUGCGGACCAAAGAGCGAAAUCUUAAACACGUACAGCAUUGCUGGGUUUACGUGUCCCAGUUUCUAUAAUAUAGCCGAAUUUGUGCUUGAAGUAAUAACCGAACAGAGGGGAGAUUUAGAAAAUCUAUACAAGAUUUGUCGUGAUGAAUACGAAAAAUUCAGAUCACGCAAUGAACAUAAUAAAAAUGAAUUGGAUCUAUCUAUUGAAUCCAAACAGAAAAGUGAAAUAGAUGAUAGAGAUACAUAUAUAAAUAGCGUAAUAAUAAAGAAAAAAUCGAUGUGGGAACAGCAAAAAGUUUUAUUUUUACGAGCUUUAAUUUGCAUCAAGCGAGAUAAUACCUUGACAAAACUAAGAUUAGCGAUGAACAUCAUAAUCUCGCUAUUGUCAGGAAUAGUUUAUUAUAAUUUCGGCGACGACGCGGAAAAAAUAUUCAGCAACGUUGCUCACCUAUUUUCCUUUCUAAUAUUUUUAUAUCUAUCGAACGCCGUAUUGACAGUGUUAUUAAUUCCCACGGAAGUGGCAGUAUUCCUGCAGGAACAUUUAAAUAAUUGGUACUCUUUUAGGUCUUAUUACAGCGUGAAAAUAUUAACGGAUCUCCCGGUGCAAAUACUUUGCACCUCAUUUUUUGUAUUUAUAUCAUACUAUAUGACAGGACAGCCAAUGGAAUUUGAUAGAAUUUUAGGAGUAUGGGGCAUUUGCCUGUUACUUACGAUUCUUGGACAAACGGUCGGAAUGUUUGUAGGCACAGUUUUUGGCGCUGAGAUAGGUGUAUUUUUAAUUCCGGCAACCGCUAUACCAUUUUUUCUAUUCUCUGGAUUUUUCGUGAAAAUUGAAGAAAUGUCGACAUAUUUGCAGCCUUUAGGCUAUUUGAGCUUUAUCAGAUACGCGUUUGAAGGUUUAAUACAGGCAGUCUAUCUUGACAGAUCAAAACUGUCAUGCUCGGAAGUUUACUGUCACUGGCGUUCGCCAAACAAGAUUCUCUCAUUGAUGGGCAUACCAACAGUGCCAUUCCACGUAACUCUGAUAAUACUUGGCUGUUGGAUACUGUGUUUACACGUGAUCACCUAUGCAGUACUUUGUUGGAAAAUUUAUUAUGCAAAAAAAUGACUUACUUAAUAUUUAUCUCAAACGAGAGAGUGUUUUUAUAUGUUUUAAGCAAAAAUUAUCUCUAGUGUAAGUAAUCUUUUUGCAACACUGGGCAAAAUUUUAAGAGAAAUAAUAGGAUCAGAAGUGUAUAAGCAGUACAAAUUUUUUAUAGCAAAUAUAUAACAGGUUUAAUUAUAGUAACAAUAUUCUUUAUAAGUGUUAUUAGCAUAUAAAUAAGCGUCAAC